GAGGGUGGAUAAAAAGUGCAGCUAGGGAAGCUUCAGAAGAUACUCCGCCCCAUUCUGUCGUUUUUCAGCUGCAAACCCCUCGAGUCUAGGGUUAGGGUUUCAAUUGGUUUAGACGGAUCAAGUGCGGGAAUGGCGCAGGCUGUGGAGGAAUGGUACAAGCAGAUGCCGAUCAUCACGCGGUCUUACCUUACGGCCGCCGUUGUCACAACCGUCGGAUGCUCUCUCGAUAUCAUAUCCCCUUAUCAUUUGUAUCUGAAUCCUAAGCUGGUGGUUAAGGACUAUGAGAUUUGGCGGCUUAUUACAAACUUCUUCUAUUUCAGGAAAAUGGAUUUGGACUUUCUUUUUCACAUGUUUUUCCUUGCUCGAUAUUGCAAAUUACUAGAGGAGAACUCAUUCAGAGGACGUACCGCUGAUUUCUUUUAUAUGCUUUUAUUUGGUGCCUCUGUUUUGACUGGGAUUGUUCUCGUUGGUGGCAUGAUACCAUAUGUUUCUGCGAGUUUUGCGAAGAUUCUCUUUCUUAGCAACUCAUUGACCUUCAUGAUGGUUUAUGUCUGGAGUAAGCACAAUCCCUAUAUCCACAUGAGUUUCCUGGGUCUGUUCACCUUUACAGCAGCAUACCUUCCAUGGGUCCUCCUUGGUUUCUCCAUUCUUGUGGGCACCAGCACAUGGGUUGAUCUUUUGGGUAUGGUAGCAGGUCAUGCUUAUUAUUACCUGGAAGAUGUGUAUCCACGAAUGACAGGCAGACGACCCCUGAAGACUCCUGCCUUCAUCAAAUCUCUGUUUGCAGACGAUAAUGUCAUCGUAGCCCAGCCAGCAAACGCUAGAUUUGCUGCUGCUCCAGUUCAGGAUCCGCAACAACGCUGAUCAUCAUCACUGCUUCAAAUUACUUCUGCGGGCUUAGUUCAUACAUGUUCUUUCUGCCAAUAAAGACCUGCAUUUUGAGGCAAGUACUCAACUCUAAUGAGAUAAUUAAUGCUAUAUACUUUGAUUCAUAUGCUUUUUCCUGUAAAAGCUUUAACCUUUUCCUGUGUAUAAGUGAUGAUAUUUUUUCUUUGGAGCGGAGGAUAUAUUCUAUAGAUCUUAUUCAAUUUGACUCGGUCUGUAUAUAGGCUAAUGUUGAACGCUGGUGUGACUUGUUAAACAAUUAGGAGAGCUUCAAUAACAGUAUUUGGACGGUGUACUGAAGUGCAUUUUCUUGCUAUUUUA